ACCUUUUUCUUCUUCUUCUCGUUCUUAAUAGUUGACUUUCUCCAAUGGUCUUGCGAACGUUUGCUGCUUUGUUGCUAGUAGUACUGCUGAUAAGCUCGGCAACAACAUUGGCCUUCUCCUUUGAUGAUGAUUCGAGAAGCAACAGCAAUCCAAGUACGACCUCUGCUGCCGCUAUCAGCACCAGCAUGAGACGACGACCUCGCCAAUUCCGCAUGGAUAUCUACUCGCGUCCUAAUCACAAAGGCACAGUUCAACACGUAGGGACGAGCAAUGGAGCCAGUACACCAUGCUGGAAUUUACAAUCAAAACAUAUCGGCUCGUUUGAUGUCAAUGAUCCUAUGGUGAAAAUAUCCUUCUAUCGCUCUGCCGAUUGCCUUGGUGCCCCAUCUCAAGUUUUCCGUGGCUCGCUCGAUCAAAGAAAGCAUAGCAAUGUGCAGCUACGCGCCAGAUCCGUUUCGAUAAAGAAACUACGCCCCAUCCUAUUAUCCGAGACUAUAUCUACUUCUAAGACCACUGUUUCCUCUCAUCAUUUAUAAACCUACCCAUAUGUACAUAUCCCGUUAUCUAAUACCUUUUUCUGUCACAGUAAUACUAUGCAAUAAAAAACAAGCAUCUUUUGUACAU